CAAUGUCGAUAUCGAGGCAGGGUGAUCGGCGUUGGUAACAUUUCUUCGCAGUAGAACAGAGAUAUCGAACCUGUGUUUUUCUUUUCUUCGGAAUGUCCACCGUGGUGUAGAAUCAUUUAGAAAUGUGCAAUGCACUCAUUCCGGUUGGGAUAAAUCCUUGUCAACGUACUAUUUUCUGAUGAUUGCCAAGCAUUCUUCCGAGCGUACUCCAGGCCGUUCUACAACCGAUAUUUCUCAUAGUAUUUUAUUUAGAAUCAAACUCGCAAAGUUUUCUUCUGACACACUUUUGAUUUCAGGACAAUGAAAGCAGCUUUGCUUCCGGUUAUUCUGAAUCUUGACAAAGUCGUUUGAAGUCGAGGUUAAGACGAGGUGAGGAAGCAAGAAAAUCGCGAGCAAGUGUUUGCAAAUGGGUGGGCCGUCUUGAUGGUUCUCGUCAUUGCUGUAAUUGUGACGGUCGACUCCAGUGUCACUCCCAGUCUGAUCUGGGAUCGAAGCAGACGCUUUCUUGGUAGACUUUUCCAAAAACGAACGGCAACUGCAAUAUCUGAGCGGUGGUAUGGACCGCGACGACUGCGAUGGCGACAAGAGGCAAAAAUAGUAUUCGUCGUCGUUCCUUGCCUCCUUGCCCGAAAGUUGAAAAGAACUCCCAGUAGGCGGUGUCGCCAUCGACGACGAGCGAAUAGCGUGCACAAACCGCCCUGAAGGUGCUACUAACUUAGUAACAAGAGAACCGUGAGAAUCUACAAUCGCCAGUGCAGAAGACAAAGUCUUGUGGCCAAAAAUAAACUCUGCAACGGAGAGUAAUUCGUCAGAAUCAACAGCAUCCGAAGAGUUCUCGCCACUUUCAUAUUUAGCCCUGCAAUACGUAUCGAGUUGCUCCAGUGGAUCUUCCCUGCCACUAGAAAAUAAGGUUGGCCUCGUUAUUGCCAUCGUUUUCAUUAUCGUGAUCGUGAAAAUGAGGACUGACAAUCAAUUAAUUAUUCGAAAACCACGAUCCAAAAUUCGAAACUGCCUUUCAAAACGCUGGUUACAAAAAAUUUCUUGCUGAAACCAAAAAAUGUUAUCUGUUACAGUAACUACUAGUAGUAAAAGUAUUACCAUAACCGUUGAGCAGCUCAACAUUUCCAUGUACAAGUACCGUACUCAGCGCUCGUAGUAUUUUUUAGGUACAUUAUUUUGUUGAGCAAUUAGUGCGUACAAACACUAGUUAUUUUUUUGCUCAAGUACAUGCACCUCAACUGGUUACAAAGCGCGCAGACUGAAUUUUGUAACCAGAAUUUGUAACCAAACCCUUCCCUAAGGAGAGCCCAUAGUUUUUACACGAUACCACUAGUAGUGUGGUUACAAAAAAAGCAGGUCUGGUUACAAAAACAGGCGCACUGGUGCGCUUCUGCGCGCUUGUUGUAACCAGGCAAAUGCAACUCAACAGGUACAAACUAAAAACUGUCUUCACUACUGUAAAUACAUAGUAUCAGUAAUUGUACACAUUAUCUUGUACAAGGAGUAUGGGCAAAAGUUAGCAGUUCUCAGUUGAAAACUGAUCUUGAUUGCUAUUCCAGUACAAACUCGUGUAGAAAACACCGUAGAAAUAUUGAUUUGCAGGGGGAGAAACAAGCAAAAAAACAAGCAAAACACAAAAAAGCAACACCAGCAGCAGUAACUUGUAUCAUAUCAGCGGCUCUCUUCUCUGUAUUGUAUUGUCAGCAACUCCUUGUAUCGUAUCAGCGGCUUGCUCCUCUGUGGUAUCAUAUCAGGCGCUCGCUCCUCCGUAUCGUAUCAGCAACUUGUAUCUUAUCAGCGGCUUGCUCCUCCGUAUCGUAUCAGCAGCUUGCUCCUCCGUAUUGCAACUCAUAUCAGCAUCCUCCGUAUCAGCAUCCUCUGUAUCAGUGUCCUCCCUGUCAGUGUCCUCCGUAUCAGCGGCUCCUCCAUAUCAGCGACUCGUAUCAGUGAACUCUGUAGUAUCAGCGAUUGGCUGCUGAGUACAUGGAAAUGUUGAACUGCUUCAACGGUUACGUAAAUUUCUGUGGAAGAGCUGUGCUUCAGCGCAACAAGUACCUUCAACACUAACAAGCUCUUGAGCUUGUUAGUGUUGAAGAUACUUGCAGUAUCCUCACUUCAAUCUCAAGCUAAAGCUCACAAUCUCAGUGAUGUUACUGGUGUAACCAAAUUGUACCAGAAAAUGUACUCUGUUGAGGCCCGUGUUAUUUGUGUGGGAAAAGUUUUGUACUGUGUGUUCUCAAGCUAACAACAACAACAACAACAACAACAACAACAACAACAACAACAACAACAACAACAACAACAACAACAACAACAACAACAACAACAACAACAACAACAACAACAACAACAACAACAAUUUGAAGGCACCCAUCAGCAGCAGCGACGCUUAGCAACACUAUCAGCAAAAUCAUCAAUGCCACUGACCAACAUAACCAACAACAUUUGUCAAGGACAACACAACAAUUGAUGAGAAGGAUAACAUGACAACCACACCGGCAAAACCAACAACACCAAGGGCUUUUGUUGAGUCCCAAGCAUCUUCCCUUGAAGCAGCCUUUGAGUUACUAGAAUCAGAUGUUGAAACUUUGUUUGAAUAUGAAAGCUCAAGUGAUGAUGAGGUGGUUGAUGAUACUGGGCCUAAUUAUGAUUCUAAUGCUUCUGGAAUGAGUCACAAGGAGGCAUCACAAAUAGAGUUCUUUAAUGUAAUCACACAGAGGAGCCAGACAGCUUGGAACUGGGAUGAUGCUGUUGAGCCUCAUGAUAUUGAGCUCUUAUAGUGGAAGAAUGGAACUAUUAUUUAUAGCUGUCUCAACUUUCCAAAGGUUCCAGUUGGUGAUGAAAGGAGGGAUCCAAUGUUGUGAUGGUUUGAACCAAAACAGAGACCAUAAAAUACGUCCUUGAUGUCAUGGUGUGAUUGAUUCUUGAACUUAUCUUCACUUCUGGACUAGCAUCAGGAAAGGAGUGGUGGAAGUCCUCUGGUGUCCACUUGGUUGCAUUUCCUUGAAUAGAAGGAAUAUUUAUAAUUGGAGAAUAGCAUUGCAAUGCCUGCACAUUUGAACCACAUCCUUGUUAAAGGAGCCAUAUUCUCCACAAAGUUUGGCAUACAAUGCAAUAGAGAACUCCAAUUUUGAUUUCCACUGUCUACCUGUGUACCAGAGGUAGUCCCAUUUUAUUACAGCAUCUUUCUCGCAUUCAUCUCUAAAUAAUUUGAGAGCUGCUUAAAGCCCAUUGUGUAGGUUUUGACUUUUUCUUGUGAUGUUGCUGAGCAAGCAGUAUGGUUUGGUGUGUAUUGCAACACUGAAAGUACCCAGUGUCAUGUUCAGUGGAGUGAGAGUGAGUCUUCCUUGUGCAUCCAAAGAUAUUCCAUUCAUAUAGAAAAUGGAAAAUGAUGGGUAGAAGAAGUAGUGAAUCAGAGGUGCAAAUUUCAUCUCAGCAAGAGGUCUUCCGCCAGGUAGCAUUGUGCAAUUCUGAAAUUACAGAAUUGUCAUUCAACUGUGGUUCAUUACACCAAGACAGAGGAGUUGUGGUGUUAGGAAAUGAGAGAUUUUCUUCCCCCCUUAGUUCCUUGUCUGAGAGUAGAGAGUAGAGAGCAUCAUGAAAGGACCUAACAUACACCUGUGUUGGUUAAAUAUACUAGUCAUUCUCCAAUGUGGAUUAGUAUCACUGAAGUCAAAUCCUGUUCUGUUCUGACUUUUCUGGUGUGCUUAUUUCCAUGUUGAUGUUAAUGUAGCAAGUGGAAGUUUGUGCUUUGCCAUUAGGUUCAUAGUAGUAGUUCAAUCUCUGCAAGAAGCUGGGCACAUAUAUGACAAAACAUCAUGUAAUUUUGUUGUCCUUCCUCUCUUUUUUGAUUGAAAUCAAUGGUUUCAUUUGCUGGCUGUGACAGAGGUUAGACAGCUUGAGGUGGGUCAGGAUUAUCUCUUGAUUCUGUGCAUUGCUGUUGUCAAAAGUACAUUUGCCAUCACUAUCACCAUUACCAUCACUGUUGCUACUACUGUCUUGAGCAGAGGCAGCCACCAUGUGAGAUUCAAUAAGACUUCUUUCCAUUGGUUGGACAAAUCCAUUGUGGAUGACUUGCCUGUUAAAUAUGGAGUGAAAGUUGCUUGCCAAAGAAGGCCUUGGUCCAUGAUUAGGAUUGCUGAAAUGGGAUGGCAGACUUGGUCUAUUUGCAACCAUUGAAAUCAGUUCAAGAAUGGUAAACUGGAGGAAUAGAUGUUUACUCUCUAAUUGAAGUAGAAAAAUUUAUGUCACUUCCUUUAUAGAGGUUCUGGGAAUUGUAGACAGAAUAGCAUUCUGAAUUAUGCAAGAAAUGUCCUUUUUAUCCUGCUGUGACAUGAUUGACUGUGACGUGAUUAGUUGAUUGAGAUUUAUAGUCUUUGAACUUUGAUUUCUUCCCUUCUACUAGUACUAGUUCCCAACACUCAUGACAAUAGAAUACAAUAGGGGUUCUGAUUGCAGGAGGCAUGAUAGUAGUGCAAUGUACAGUAAAAUAAAAAGAGUAGAUGAUGAAAAGAAUAGAACAACAAGGAAGGCAGAACAAAAGUUUGUUUUGAUGCAACAAUUUUUUGUUUUGGUGUACAGACGAUUCAAAAUUGCAGGAGACAACUCACAUAUUCUGCCCUGUCAUUGUUCUUGUUGACACCAAAAUCUUUUUGUUGUUCUACUACUAGUACUACUAGUAUGAACACUCCUGGUACUCCAUGAUGCCAGCAUAACACUUAUACCUUCCACCAACAAUGAUUACGACGGCAAAAACGAGAAUACCUACUGUACGGCAGAACAAUUCCAAUCAAUGGAUUUUUCUUCAUGAAGGUUUAUUCGUGGUGGUACGAUUACUGUACAGAACUAUCAUAAAAAUGUAGCACUACUAGUAGUACAUACUUGGUACCCAUUAGUGCUCUCAUUUUCCACACAACACACAAAUACGUCUCACUUUUCGAAGUGCUUUGCGAUAUUAGGUAUUUACCCUCAUACUGAACGAUUCUUCCAUUCUACUUGAGCGAACGAAGAAAGGUUUCAAAGCGAUUUUCUCUCAAACUUACGGAAGGGUGCUCUCCAAUAAUCAAGGCACUACUGUAAUCACAUUGAUUGAUAAUGUGUCAACUUGAGAACGGUUCUCAUUAUUCGAAAGACGUGCACGUACCGUACGGUACUUGGGUACUGUAGUGGAGGAAUUGAAAAAAAAAUCUGUUUCAAUUACUGUAUUUCAAUUACCUGUACGUAAUUGCUACUGGUAUGGUACGUAUGACCAGAUGCUUCAAUUAUUUUAUGCUACAAUACUCCCUAAAAUACCGUAUUGUUUCGCCAUAUGUCAAGCUUAGCGAUCCGGGUCGUAAGAUUAUUAGAAGAACGAAUGUCAGCGAAUCGCUGGUUGAACAGCUGCUGAUAAAAACAGUACAGGGUCGCGAAUAUGUUAUUCAAUAACCGAACAGUGAUUCGUACAAGGAAUAGGCAAGUACCAGGCAAGUAUCGUGCCGUACGGUAGCGUGCCGUACACAGUUCGUUGUUGGUGAUGGCUGAAGUAAGUAAGUGCAUGUACCGGUACGUAAUUACUUAUGAUCUUUUCCCUUUUGAUUACUACUACUUACUUAUCGUUCUCUUGAAUUGGAAUGACCCGUAAGUCCUUCAGGCUGUCAAAAGGCCUCCUGAAAUAACAACUUCCUUGCAAUUUUUGUUCUUUCUCCUAAAUUUCACUCCAAUUUCACUCAUCGCUAAUGGAAAAAAUAGAACGAUAAGUCACUUCAAGGACGGUCUGAGUACGUACCUAGUAGCAAUAGAAACGCCCAUUGCAACGUCAUCGAUAAAGUGCGAUACUCUGGUCAUACGGUCUUCAAAAUUUACAACCGGAGUCAUCCUACCGGAAAUAUCCUACUUGUGCCAUGGUGUCAGACAAGGCAAGCAAUAUGGAAGCAGAAAAGUUCUCGAGGUGUUCGGGGAAAGCCAUGAUGUUAUGUGAUAGUGAAUUCUUAGAUGCGUGCUGCCCUAUUUGCUAUGAGCCGUUUCUUCCUGUGGAUGUUGAUCCGAUUCGACCAGUGGCAGCGAAAGUUGGUAGCGAGUCAACUUUUUGCCGUCAAGAAGACUCACAGUCUUCUACGGAUGAAAGAAACGGCAUAUACAAGAAAGCCGAUGGUGACUGUAGAAAAGAAGGAACCUCUUCUAAAGAUAUUGAUAUUCUUAUUAUUCACCAGCAAGAUGACCGACAUUCACACACCGAUACUGAGAAGGAACAUUGCCAACCUUGUCACGGAAAUUGCCGUCUUGAUCCAAGACAACGAGUGACAAUCCCGGAAUGUGGACAUGAAUAUUGCCGUGGGUGCAUCAAAAAACAUUGUUCGUAUGCCAUUUUGAUUCGGGAUAUGCCGAUUCAGUGCCCUGGAUGUACGAGCGGCACUUCUAAUCCUUGUUCUUCUUUGCUCCCUGAAGAUAUUAUUGAAGAGUCAUUACUACUGAAAGAGAAAUCCGUAGAAGAGGAUGGCGGCGAUUGCCCAAUAAAUACUCUGUCAUCUUCUGCCCGCAAGGAAGGAAGUACUGUCAACCAAGAUUUGAUCAAGUUUCAACGCCUUCAGAGAAUGUUGAAGGAUCCAUCAUUGAUAUCUUGCACACGUUGCGAUGAGCUAAUUCCGCCAGAUUCGAACAUACAGAUGAUUGGCUGCGUUGAUCCAAAUCGCAUCGAAUGUCCUGCCUGUCAUCACGUAUUUUGUCGGAUUCAUGGGGAUGCACACCUCGGGAUGGAUUGUUACACUGCUUCUGCGAAAAAAACUGAUGAACGCAAUGAACGAAAAUCGGAGUCUGCAAUUCGCAAGCGUUGCAAGCCUUGCAGCCACUGCCAGUCUCUAAUAGAACGGGUAUCAGGAUGCGAUCACAUCAUCUGCCCCGUGUGUCACAAUGACUUUUGUUUCAGGUGUGGUACCCACAUCUACCUUCAAGGCGAAGGUAUGGUUCGAGAUUGUUCCAAAUGCCAGAAGUCCUACAUCGAUCACAGGCACAUUGGAAAGUACCGUCUGUGCAUCGGAUUGUGGGUGCCAUUGCUGCUCCCCUUUUAUAUCUCCUACAUCACGAUGACCAUAGGGUUUGCAAUAGUUACAUGCGGAUUCUUCUGCUGUUUGGGAUGUGGUAUCAGAAAGGAUAAGAAAACGGAUUCCAUAAUAUUUAUGCCCGUAAUGGCGGCACGGGAAAUUCUGAACUUUGUCUUCCUACCGUUCGUCGACUUGUCCCGCUCAUGUGGGAUACCGUGCUGUUUCUGUAACAAUGCUCCUGGUCUUGGUAAAGGACAGUAUGCAGAUAACGACGACGAUGACGAAGAAGACUACGACGAUAGUGUAGAAAGCGAGGACUACGACGAAGAAAAUCAAAUGCAAGAAAAUUCGCUUCGUUAGAAAACUACUGCUGCCCUCGCUGCUGUUGCUACUUCUGCUGAUAGCAAUGCUUCUGGGAGCUUCUGAUGCUCUGAAUGUUUAAGCUUCAUCUUCAUGACUAUAUAUUUAUCUCUCCAAUUUUUUAACGUUACUGUGCAUCCAUCUAAUCAUAUAAUGAACUAUUAGGAAAUUA